AUGUCGCUGUCAGUCUACCCACCCGUGUCGCCACAAGAACAGCGCCGCGACGAAGUUGAGUGUCAGCGGCUCGAGCUUCAGUGGCUCCUAGGGGAGUUCCAGAAGUCUUUGUCUGCCCUCAAAGAAAGCUUGGAACAUUGCGCUGCUUUGCUUGCACCCAAAGAGCCAGGCUCCACACUAGUCCUGUCGUCGCUGCGUAGCGAAAAUGUCAAGGGCUUCGUAACGCGCAUCGGCACAAAGAUGGUAAAGGGAGACAUUCAUCUGAGGCUUGCGAGUCUGCCACCAAACAUGCCAAGAACUCAGACGACCUCCAAUCCUUCCACCCACCUUACGUUUGGGCCUUCUCCCAAUGCUCCGGACCUCGUCUUACCACAGCUCUUCGCUGUGAGGUCGUUAGUGAACGACUCCCUGGAUAUAAUCGAUGCUUCGCGAUGGGCUGGCCAAUCGACGGACGCCUCAUUCAUAUCUGGCCAAUUGAGACUCCUACAUGACAACUUAGCUAACGCAAAAGCGUACAUGAAGGGUGCGAUCCCCGGACAGCAGCAUGAGACUAUCCCAGGCAGCGACUGGUGGAUGUCCAGCGUUGAUGCGACCGUCUUCCAGCCUCCUUUACCUGACCACCUCAGCCUACACUUUACGAUUCAGGACGCUAAUAUCGUGCUCACGAUACGAACUCUCGCGCCGACAUCUCCAGGUGGCACUCCGCAUACACCAGCGUCAGAUUCAGGCUUCUCUUUAUCUGGAUUCAGUCUUCGGAAUCGUCUACUUGGCCUUGGGUCACGUGUGCCGAAUCAUGACGAAGCAGGAGAAGUCUUCGAGUGGCGAGGCAAAGAAGAGGUCAUCGUGCGUGAGAAGACUCGGGUGGAAACUGGAGACCCGAGUCUGAUGAGCUCUGCCGCCAAACUAAGCGCGAUAGAGCAUGAAGUGGCUCGGUGGCGCUAUAAUUUGCGCACCGUCAUGGGCGAAGAAGAUGACUGA